CAGCCACCCCAUCUCCUUCAACUCCAGAGUACCGAGGAGGCAGGUAAGAUAUCAUCAGCACGAGGCCAUUCACGCAUUCGCCUUCCGACAGGUCUUCUUGCCGCAUCUUGAUGUGUGGCCAUAUCACCACGACUAUUUGCUCUCGGUAAUGGACCCGACCUCGACCUGGCUUAACUUGGAAAUGAUGACACUUAUUGGAGACGUUAGUUGCCUCAGACCGAGCACAGAACAUAAUUCGUGACCCUUGCUUCCAUCGACCUACCUCUUGAGCUCGGCUGAUAAUAGACGACGAUACCAACACCGACUGUUCACGACACUGUCAGCCUGCACUAGUCCCAGCAGCCAGAGGCACGAUCGCCCGCUUUCUCGCGCAUCUUCUCGGCUUCGAUCUACCAAACCAUGGGUCUUUUCUCGAGCUCUCAAACACAAACCAAACCGCCACAGCCUGAGGCAUCUAAAGAUGGAGGUUUCAUCGCCCCGGAUCGAACGGCGAGAGCGCAAUGCUGGGAAGGGAGAGAUGCAUUCUUUGCAUGUCUAGAAAAGAACGGGAUCAUCGAUAGUGUGAGAGAGGAUAAAAAGGCGAGAGAGCAAUGUGCACCCGAGCUGGCGCAAUUCGAGAAGACAUGCGCAAGUAGUUGGGUGACAUAUUUCAAGAAGAGAAGAGUGAUGGAAUAUCAGCGAGACCUAACGAUCAAGAAAUUGAGUGCUCAGGGCGUGCAAGGGCAGCCUUGAGAACAGUGAGGAGACGCAUAUCCUUCAGCAGGCUGUACAGCAUUCUAUACACGCACAUCUCCACUCUACGCAUCGGCUGCAUCGCAGGUCGCAAAGUGCAAAACAUACUCGAUCGACACAGCAUACUCAUGGCUUGUCCAACGCACAACGUUCGGACUCCAUGCGGCAGACUGAGAUCCGCCAACGUGCUUCGUAGAGCUGAUGUGACUUCACGUUAUCCGCCAACGGGAGGAUGCCAAACGCUGAAGAACACGCCGACCAUUGAAGUCUUGCGAAUCGCCUGGUGAAGCUCCAUGUGCAGAAGCGGACACGAGUUAUACCACGAGGCGAAUGCGAGGUGAGGUCUAGCUGGCAACUCCUGGAAGCGCUGGUCGCUAGUAACAUGUUAGAGCACUUCGUGCGAGCGCGCCUCACAAUUGUAUCAAUUUACGCUUCUGUAUCAUCAAAUCAUACAAAAGCAAUGCCUCC